ACAUUCGCUGCGUAGUUGCUUGGCUGCUGGAUUGGGAACCAGUGGCGAGAGUGAGGGUGAAGAAACCAGAGCCAUGUGUCUCGUCGAGACGGCUGGUGGGGUUGCUAGUCCAGGCCCCUCUGGGUCCCUUCAAUGUGACUUAUACAGACCUUUUCGUUUGCCCUGCCUUCUUGUUGGUGAUGGCCGGCUGGGUGGUAUUUCUGGAACAAUUUCAGCAUAUGAGAUCUUGAAACUUCGAGGUUACGAUGUUGCCGCCAUUGUCUUUGCUGAUAAUGGUCUUGAAAAUGAAGUGCCGCUUAAUUCUUAUCUUCGGAAUAGGGUGCCGGUUCUUGUGCUGCCUCCCAUUCCAACUGAUAUGACAGAUGACCUGAUGGAUUGGUUUGAUAAUUCUCAGAACGUAUUUGAUUCUCUGAAGGAAAUAAUGCUAUCAGCUUAUUCAAAAAGAAUUAACAGAUUGCGAGAAAUGCCAAAAAGGGCAAUGAAUGCUUUUUGGUGGCCGUUCACCCAGCAUAAACUUGUGGCAGAUGAAGCUGUUACAGUAAUUGAUUCUCGCUGUGGUGAGAACUUCACCGUUUUCAAGAAUCAUGAUAAUGAGUUUAUGACUCAACAAUUUGAUGCAUGUGCCAGUUGGUGGACACAAGGUCCUGAUGCUGCCUUACAGACUGAGCUAGCAAGAGAUGUGGGUUAUGCUGCUGCAAGAUUUGGGCAUGUAAUGUUUCCAGAGAAUGUGUAUGAACCAGCAUUGGAAUGUGCAGAGCUCUUGCUUGAAGGUGUCGGAAAAGGUUGGGCUUCUAGGGUGUAUUUCUCAGAUAAUGGAUCUACCGCCAUUGAAAUUGCACUAAAGAUGGCCUUUCGGAAGUUUUCUUUUGACCAUGGAAUCCAUGAUGCUCAAGAAUGCAAUGCUGAAGGACAACGUACUGAGCUUAUGGUUUUGGCUCUCAAUGGAUCAUAUCAUGGUGAUACAUUAGGAGCUAUGGAAGCACAGGCACCGUCAUGUUACACAGGCUUCCUGCAGCAACCAUGGUACUCUGGAAGAGGUGUGUUUUUGGAUCCUCCUACAAUCUAUAUGCACAGAGGUAAAUGGUAUCUUUCCUUGCCAGUUGGAUUGCAGCCAGAGACCAAGAUGCUUGAAAGUGCUUUUUUCUAUUCACGUGAUGAGGUAUUUGAUGAGAAAAGGGACCAUUCAGAUUUGGCUGGAAUUUAUUCAGCAUAUCUGUCUCAACAAUUAUCAUAUUCUUCAAAAUCCAAAUCUUUCCUUGGAGCAUUGAUUAUUGAACCAGUAAUACAAGCUGCUGGAGGAAUGCAUAUGGUGGAUCCUCUCUUCCAACGAGUACUUGUGAAAGAAUGCCAAAAUCGAAAGAUCCCUGUCAUUUUUGAUGAGGUUUUCACUGGUUUUUGGCGCUUGGGCAGUGAGACUGUUGCAGAGUUACUUCAUUGUGCACCAGAUAUAGCCUGCUUUGGAAAGCUGAUGACUGGUGGAAUUAUUCCGUUAUCUGCUACCUUAGCUACAAAAUCAGUAUUUGAAUCCUUUAUUGGGGACUCUAAGCUUCAGGCACUUUUGCAUGGACACUCGUACUCGGCUCAUGCUUUGGGCUGCACGGCUGCUGCUAAGUCCAUUAAGUGGUUUAAAAAUCCUGAGACAAACCAGAAUAUCAAUUCUGAAGGGAGAUCCCUCAGGGAGUUAUGGGAUGAAAACUUGGUUUACGAGAUCUCAUUACACCCUGCAGUGAAGAGAGUAGUUGCAUUGGGAACUCUCUUUGCUCUAGAACUUCAAGCAGAUGGCUCCGAUGCCGGGUAUGCAUCCCUAUAUUCAAGAUCUCUUCUAUUAAAGCUUCGGGAAGAUGGGAUUUACAUGAGGCCACUGGGCAACGUCAUAUACCUUAUGUGUGCACCUUGCACAAAACCAGAUACCUGCACCCAAUUAUUGAUCAAACUUCACAGCAAAUUGGAAGAAUUUAUCAGCGAUUCUAGAGAGAGCUUGAAAUCCUGUCAUUCAUGAAAGACAGCAAUAGUUAAUUAUUCUGUAAGGCUUUUUUGGUGGCUCUAUUAGUUACCUUUAAGUGUAGUUAGUGGUCUAGUGUCAGCUCGUGUAGUAGCAAGUAUUAUUAAUGGAAAUUUCUUGUUUUAUUUGGUUAUUUGUUCUUUCGUUUUUGCUUGACCUAUAAAAUUUGAAAUUAAUUCUAAAGUUAAACAGGUUUAAAACUAA